GACCCUUUAGGAUUACAAUUCCCUACUUUUUCACUGCUAAAAGAGAUAAAAUUGAAAUGUUCACUGCACAGCAACUGGAUAUUAAAGCUACAGAGCUUAAGGCUGAGUUUUUGCUUUCUGAGCCUUUACAUGACGAGGGACCUAAAGAGGAAGACAGGAUCGAAAGAACAACUUCUUCCUACUCAAAUGAAUCGGAGCGCUUUUUGUUAAAAGACAGAAGCUUUUCAAGGCAGUAUGCCCAGAUCUACUCAGUCCGUAUCAUGGCAAUGAGGAAGAAGUUAGCUACAGCAGCAAGAAGGAAAUGGGGUGGGACGGAGAGCGCAUUUAAAAUACAGAAACUGUCUGAAGUGAAAGUGGAUGAAAAAUGUUUUGUGAUUGGAACUCUAUUCAAGAAAAUGGAAAUGAAACCUAGUAUUUUAAAGGAGAUAAGUGAAGAGCAUAAUUUGAUGCCACAGCCCUCUAGAGAUAGAUUUACCGAAGAUAGUGAUGAACUUGUGAUAGAGGACGAAACAGAGAGAGUGUCACUUACUGGUAACAUACAAGUUGGAACAUGUGUAACAGGAAGUUUAGUAGCACUCUGUGGUUGUACAAUUGACAGUGGUAAAUUUGCUGUUGAAGAUUAUUGUUUCAGUGGCCUUCCUUACCAAACUGUACCAAAUCUUGAUCAACAUUUGUCCAAGGGUGAAGAUUGUUAUGUUGCUUUUAUCUCUGGUCUUGGAUUUGGUGAUAAAAGUCAGGAUUUACUCAGCCUUCAGCUUUUUUCUGAUUUGGUGAUUGGAGAGCUUGGUUGUGUACAGGAUCAAGAAUCUUGUGCAAAGAUAAGCCGAGUUAUCAUUGCUGGAAAUUCCUUGAGCCAUUAUACACUUAAUAAAGACAGUGAAGCAAAGGCAAAGUAUUUGACUAGAAAUACUGAGGCUGGUAGUGUGGAGGCUAUGAAGAGGUUGGAUGAAUUUGUAAUGCAACUGGCUUCAUGUGUUCCAGUAGACAUAAUGCCUGGGGAGUUUGAUCCUGCUAAUCACACGGUGCCACAGCAACCUUUUCAUCGCUGCAUGUUUCCCCAAGCAGCUGCUUAUCCAACAUUUCAAAGUGUGACCAACCCAUAUGAAGCUGUAAUUGGUGGACUAAGAAUCCUUGGAACCUCAGGACAAAAUGUUCAAGACAUUCACAGGGUUUCAACAUUUGAAGAUGGUUUGGACAUUCUAGAACACAGCAUGAGUUGGGGUCACAUUGCACCCACAGCUCCAGACACCUUAGGGUGUUACCCAUACUAUGAGAAGGAUCCUUUUAUUUUGGAGAAAUGUCCACAUGUGUACUUCGUUGGCAAUCAACACAAGUAUGCAAGCAAAUUUAUCCAUGGUGAAAAUGGUCAGAAAGUGUUGUUGGUGACAGUUCCUGCCUUCUCCAGUACAAAGACAUGUGUGAUGCUUAAUUUAAGAACACUAACCUGCCACCCAAUGAGCUUUUCUGCUCUUCCAUCAACACUAAAUGUUAAGGCAUCAAUUAAAGCACAGAUGGAAAUUUAACUGUAACCAAAAGUGGUUCUAGCAUUUAGACAUUGUGUUGUUACCACUGUUUAGAAAAAGAACAAUCAAGUCAUGGGAUAGUACCUACUUUGUACAAAAUUAAGUUUGCGCUGUGUUUCCUCGUUACCUACUGAAAAAUAAACUAAUUCAAUUUGCAGAAAUUAAGUCAAGGUUUGCUUCAGUUCCCAUAUCCAUAUACCUUGUGCAUACAAUAGAAUUUUCCUCACCCUUUAGUGUGCAUUGGUGUAUCAAGCAUUUCAUUGUCAGGUUUGUGAUCUAUAAGUGGAUUUAAAGGCAUCCAUUGUGAACCUUAGAUUCCACAACUUCUGCAGGCAGCAUACUGUAAUAAAUGAACAGACUUUUGCCUUAA